CAAACAUGGAAGUGACGGAUGUCGCUUUUUGCUUGCAAGUCACCAGAAAGAGGAAAUCAAAACAAAAAGAUGAUCUCCUUGGCUGACGAUGAACACACUGGAAUUAUUUGUUUUGAUCUUACUGCUUUGCUAUGAAGGUAUCGGUGGACAGACAGUUUUCUUUUCCAGCGAAGGGGGCGUGGCCAUCCUGCCCUGCAACCAGUCCCCAUGCCCCGAGUCUGAUCUCAAGUGGCUCUACAGCAAAAAGGGUGCUACGACCUUCCUGGAGGUGAACAAAGGCAAGGUGGUGUUAACCGAACCCAGGUCUCGGCGUCUUAGCUUGGAGAAUGGCUGCUCGCUGGUGGUCAACAAUGUGACGGGGGGGGACGCGGGCUAUUACACGUGUCGGACGCGUCGGGACAGCAGCAUGUUCUUGGCUGUUUUGACGCUGUCAUCUCCUGGGGGCGCCGAUCCGAGCAGAGACGGUCACGUGACCCUCAAGUGCACCCUGACCAACUACGAUAGACAAUGUCCUGAGAAGAGUCUUCACUGGGUGGACGAGGGAGGCUCCCAGUUGCGUCCAGAAGGCGGAGAUGGACACGAGUUCAUCCAGGAGCUGAAUUGCGAGUCGCACAUCAAAGUGAAGCGUCAGCCAGGUCACGACAGGAAGUACAAAUGUCAGUAUGGAGAGAACGACGUCAAGAUCCAGGCCGAGAUCACGCCGGCCUUCGCGGGGCUUCAACCUAGAGCUCCACCCCCUGAGCACACCCGGCUAAUCAUCAUCACCGCUGCUGCAGUUGGAGCCUUGGUGCUGCUGCUGGUCGUAGUCGUGGUCGGGGUUAAAAUCAGGCAAAGGAGACAAGUGAUGAAGGGUAGGAAGAAGAGGUCAUGUGUCAUCACAAAUAAUGUAAAAGAAGAUUUGCCAAAACAUGAUGAGAGCAAGGUGAUCUACGACAGUGUCACUUACGACAAGAAAAGCUCCGCCCACAAGGACGGAUUAGAAGUUGACGCAGAGAGCACAGGCGUGACAUACGCUAUCGUUAGCCACAAAAAGCAGAACGCUAGCUCUGAGGUCAAGCGGGAGGAGGAGGAGGAGGUGACCUAUGCUGCCAUCAGGAAGACGGCAAGCACCAAACCAGGCGAUGAUGGCAGCACAUAGAAAGAGGAAAUUAGUCAUUAUGUAAAAGUUUAGGACCGCCCCCAUGUUCCCUUACAGUGAUCCAUGACCUUUAAACCUAUUUAUUAUUGACGAGAACAAACUUUGCUCACACUUUGGAUGAUGAAAAACUUGCAUAAGAUUAUCUUUGAACUGUAUGUGAUGCCGUUAUGGCUGACAAUUCAGCAGAAAGUAUUAAAUGUUACAGUGAUUAUGUUGGUGGAGCUUCAAACUUUUAUUCUUUGCUAUUGUCCUUAAAGAAAAUACAGUAAACCCUCAUUUAUCCAUGUUAAUUGGUUCCGGGUCUAACUGUAAUCAAUUUGUUUCCACUAAGUACAAAUGAUUACCUAUAAAACUAAUAUUUUCAUUGCCAGAUCAUAAAAAGAAAACUUGGUUGCAACCUUCUAAAUUUACAUUAACAUUAUGAGAGUCUUUUAGACAUUAAAUAACACCCUUUAGUCACCUUUACACUCAUUUAAUACAAUAUAGUAAUGCUACCUGAGGCUGAGCCAAUCAGUGGCCACAAUACUGAACAGCGCGCUCUGAUUAUUUUUGGUCUCAUCUCGUGGCCAAUGCUACUAAGCUCAUCUGGUAGAUGGGGUGAAGCAACAAUACAGGUGGAAUCAACAAUAUUCAUAAACCUUGUGUCCACACCAAGAAGACUUGGACUGUAUUGUUGCUUCAUUUCCUUUAAGGUGUUGUUUUUAUUUUGGUCAUUAAUCAUUAGGGGCAUCCUGAUGCGAUAUUAAUAUCGGCCUAAUAUCAGCAAAAACAAGUAUCUAUCAGAUGAUAUCAACUUGCAUCUAAAAUCUCCCAUACAAGCAGUCCUGCAGCGUGUUUACUUGUGCAAAGCUGGACAGCCAGUUAACAUCUAAAUGUCCUCCAGUAAGCACACAUGGUUGCUCUUUUCUUGUAUUUUAGUCAAGUCAUUUACAAAAGGUAAACAUGGUAGGCUAUAGGCUACCAGGAGCUAGCAGCUACACAACAGCUAAGCAUACAGUAGCACACAAGCUAGACAUACAUAAUAGGUGUCCUUCAUUGAACAAUAUUGCAGUCUAAAACAGCGCAUUUGUCAAUAUAAACAAGUAUAAAAUUAUUUUAGUCUCAUAUUACUUGCACAUACAAAGUCUUCAAGGCAGAAGCCUAUUAGAAAAACCCAGUAACAAAGGUGUCCGCAUAGUUAAAUUUACUGCAUCAUGAGCUUAAUUUCAUGAAUUAUUGGGACCAAUCGGUGUCCCCCCAAAAAAUACCACUUCACUUCAAAAGAACAAAUCUGAUUAGGAUAGUGUUUUUCAUACUUAUUAUUGUUCUCUAAGUAAUGUCACCUAAUUAAAACGUUUCCAAAUUUCCACACUAAAAAAAUAAUAAAAGUAUGUAUGAUUCCUGCUGAUUGUAUAAUAUCGGUAUUGGCCAAUACUCUAGGCUCCAAUGUCAAAUGAAGAACCCUUUUAAUCAUUACCAGUUUGUUGAUGUUUCCAUAUUUUUGCAUUUUUUAAUAUUGGUGUAAAUUUAAUUUUUUUUGUAUAACUUUUUUUAAAUUGUAUUGUACAACCAGAACGACUAUUGUAUCUGUGUCAGGGGUUCAAAACCUAGCCGAGUCAUUACAAAGGGAAGCAUUGAUGGAAACAUCAUCUUUAUUCACAAUA